AUGGUUCAGUCCCUGAGCCCCUGCACCGACGGCAGCGCCUCCCCCUGUGGCGUGGCCGUGCCCCAGCCUGUGGCCGACUCCUGCAAUGAGCCCUGUGUCCGGCAGUGCCCCGACUCCACGGUGGUCAUUUACCCUCCCCCUGUGGUCGUCACCUUCCCCGGGCCCAUCCUCAGCACCUUCCCACAGCAGAGCGCCGUGGGCUCUGCGGGAGUCCCCGAAAUCGGAGCUGGUGUCGGGGCCGGUGUCGGGGCCGGUGUUGGAGCUGUUGUUGGAGGUGCUUUUGGUGCUGCUCGAACCCCUGGAGCUUCCCAAGUUUAUGGUGGGGCCAGGUGGGGCCGGGGGUACCCAGUGGGCAGCUGCAGACCCUGCUGCUAA